AAGGUAAAAUGCGCGCGUUGAUCUUAUGCUCUUCCUCGUGAAUUUUAAUUUGAAUAAUCAAAAAAAAUUUCUACUUCCUAGUAGAUUUAACAUUAGCACAACUUUUUAACGUCGACAGUCGUUUUGUAUCUUUUGUGUUCAAUAGUCCGCACUUUAUAAAUCAAAUAACUAAACAUGGGUGUACCAGCUGGUGAUGUUGAAAAGGGCAAGAAAAUCUUCGUCCAACGUUGCGCUCAAUGCCACACUGUUGAAGCUGGCGGCAAACACAAGGUUGGCCCCAACUUGCACGGUUUGUUCGGUCGCAAGACUGGUCAAGCUCCCGGCUUCGCCUACACAGAUGCCAACAAAGCCAAGGGCAUCACCUGGAAUGAGGAUACCCUCUUCGAAUACUUGGAAAACCCCAAGAAAUACAUCCCUGGCACAAAAAUGAUCUUCGCCGGUUUGAAGAAACCCAAUGAACGUGGAGACCUCAUCGCCUACUUGAAAUCUGCCACCAAGUAAAUUUCAUCAUUCUAAAUAAAUAAAACUCCCACAACAAAAACAAAACAGUAAUUAAAUUUAGUAGCAACAACAACACACUACCAACCACCACCAAACAAUUAUGUAAACAACAACAACAAACACUAUCAUCCUCUUAUUUAAGUUUAAGUUCGAAAAUAAAAACAAAUACAAUAACAAAACUAAACUGACCUCUGUGUAUCUUCUCGAGAUGUUCAAGGAAAUUAGUUACUGGUAUUAUCGCAAGAAACAAACGUUGUUGCACAUUUGAAUCUUCUUUGUAAGAAGUUUUUGUUUUUUGAGUGCUAAAAUUAUACAUAUUUUUACUUGAAAACUUUUUACGGGCGGAUUCUUUGUAAAUUUCAUAAUUUUUUAUAAGAAGGAUACAACAAUGUCAGCAAACUUAAACCAACCUUCUUUAAUAGGACAAUUUUAAUUUUAUUUAAAUUAAAUGUGAAAAAAUACAAAUAAACAAUUAUAAGUUAAUUUAAU